CUGUGAUGACCUGGCGACUUGUCCAGGGUGUACCCCGCCUUUCGCCCGUAGUCAGCUGGGAUAGGCUCCAGCUUGCCUGCGACCCUGUAGAAGGUUAAAGCGGCUAGAGAUAAUGAGAUGAGAUGUAGCAAAACUGUCAUUUUGGGUCUGGAUGAUCCUGCAUGGUCACAGCACUCCCUCAAAGAUGAUCAAAAUUUUACUGGAGUUUUUGGCUGUGCUCUGUUUAGGCCUUCAGAAGACACAUUUUUACCCAACAUAGGCUCUUGAUUUUUUUCCCUUAUAGAGGGCUCCGAGAUGAUGCUAAAAAUAGUAACACUGCGCGUGUGCGGCCAUCUUGGAAGUCACUCGCUCCAGAGCGCUCAUAGAGUACACAUCAUAGAGUACACAUUCACCGAUUCGUUUCCGCGUUAGAGGGCUUAGAAGCUUGGAUUUUUUAAGAAUUUAGACAUCUGAAGUGAUGAAGCACUACUGUGAAAGUUUGGAUAAGCAGGCAUGGGAGCGUUAUGCUGAGAAGGUACGUUUCAUUGGGAAUGCAGAUCCAUACACUGUUAGUGAGAAGGAAUGGAAAGCUGACCCCAGCUUGUUGCCGCAUGUGACAUACACCGAUCUUGUGAACUAUCUAGUGUUUCACCCAAGUCCAUUUUGUGAACUAAAGGAUUUCCAGAACUACAAGAGCAUGGAAGCAUACGAUAGAUUAGUGUCCGGUUGGGUCCGCGAUGUGUCGGUGUUUACUGCUGAAGACGGAGAGACAAAAGUGAUCAGAGGGAAAGUGUUACACUCGCAGAGACUAUCCCAGCCUAGUCUACACCCCUGGAUAAUAGUUGACAAGAGACAUGCUAUUUUGUGUGCACAUUGGAACUGCAUUGCUGGACUUGGGGAAUGUUGCUCCCAUGUUGCUUCCCUGUUGUUUUAUGUUGAAGCGGCCACGAGACUGAGGGAAAGAACGACGGUCACACAACAGCCGGCAUACUGGAUGCUACCGUGGUGAAGCACUGCGUGCUUAUAAAUCUCUGGACAGUUAUCUUUACAGAAAUUCAUGAUUUGUCAGCCCCCCUCAGAUGUGGCAUCUUGUAAACAAGAAAAUAACAAUCCUCAUUGGACGGGUUGAUGUUUCACUCUCAUGCACGUACCCAUCUGACUAUCCAACAGCGCUGCCCGAGAUCGUAGUCAGAUGUGGCGAGCUGAGCCGGGCGCGGCACGCCUGCCUCGUCUCCGAUCUGCGCUCGUACCUGCGUGAGAGCUGCAUGGGCGAAGCGUGUGUGCUCUCUAGCAUCGACUGGCUCAGAGAUCACACACACGAAUACCUUGAGCAGGAUGACGGCGAGGUGAAAGGAGCAGCGGAAACGCCGAGUGGCGAGACUUUCACCAGGCUGUGGAUCUACAGCCAUCACAUCUACAACAAGAGCAAGAGGAAGAACAUCCUGGAGUGGGCCAAAGAACUGCAGCUGACCGGCUUCAGCAUGCCGGGGAAACCAGGGGUCGUGUGCGUGGAGGGUCUACAGGCCGCCUGCGAGGAAUUCUGGGCCAGGGUGAAGGUUCUGACCUGGAAGCGCAUCAUGAUCCGUCACAGAGAGGACGUCCCAGUGGACGCGGCGAGCCAGAGCACAGAGUCGCUGCGCCGAUUCGACGGCUUCGAAGAAGCCGCGUUCGAUCCUCACGGGAACAGAGGGAACCACAUGGACCUCGGGCAGCUCUUCCAGUACCUCAGCGAGCGAGGCUGCGCACAGAUCUUCCAGCUCUACUUCGGAGUCGAAGGGAGAUGAGCGCGGACUCUUCAUGAGUUUUACAGUUUGAAGUGUGUGUGCGUGUGAUGAACAGUGACCGAUGAAGUGCCUCUGUUUUUAACAAGACACUAUUUCCAUGUCAUAUGGAAUAAAGUCAUGUAUAAAGUC